AUGGAGCUCAAGCCUGGCCUCUCGGCAUUAGUCUCCGGCGGGGCCUCCGGCAUCGGCAAAGCACUCGUUGUAGCGCUCGCGCAGAAAGGAAUUUUCACUACAAUAAUCGAUUUAUCAGAAGAGAAAGGAAAGGAAGUUGCAUCAUUAGCCGAAACUGAAUUUUUGAAUUUUCGCGCGAAACCGGAAUUUCCACCGGUUGUAUUCAUCAAAUGUGAUGUCACUGACACAAAUGAAAUAAAAGCGGCUUUUAGGAAGCAUAUAGAUACAUAUGGAGGAAUGGACAUAUGUAUUAACUGUGCGGGAAUUGGAAGUUCGAUUCCUUUUGAUAAGGACCGGACUGAUGGCGGUAAAUCUUGGAGACUUACUGUUAAUGUCAACCUCAUUGCAGUCAUUGAUUGCACGCAGAUUGCGAUUCAAACAAUGCGAGAGGCUAGAAAACCUGGUGUAAUCAUUAACAUUGCCUCUGCUUCAGGACUCUACCCACUGUAUACUGAUCCUAUUUAUUCUGGUUCCAAAGGCGGAGUGAUCCUAUUCACCAGAUCACUUGCUAUUUACAAGAGCCAAGGGAUCCGAAUCAAUGCACUUUGCCCUGAGUUUGUUCAAACUGAGUUGGCUUUGAAGAUGGAUCCUAAAUUUAUUGAGCUGUCGGGUGGUUUCAUACCUAUGGAAAUGGUACUGAAAGGUGCUUUUGAGCUGAUUUGUGAUGAAAAUAAAUCUGGAUCUUGCUUAUGGAUAUCCAACAGAAGGGGCUUGCAGUAUUGGCCAACUCCUAUAGAAAAAGCAAAAUACAAGACUUCAAGGGGAGAAUCUCCAGAUACGGUCCAUUGA